AUGUCGUCUCCAUCUCUGGUGGCUUCAGAGAGAGGGUUUGAGACCCCAGACAUGCCUUGUGGGUGCUGUGAACACAGCAGGGACUCUUCGGACUUGGUUGCAUUGAAGAUCAGUCUAUUGGGUGAUUCCCAAAUUGGGAAAACUAGUUUUCUGACAAUGUAUGUUGGGGGAGAGAGGCAAGAAGAAGGAUUUGAGAUAUCAAAUUCAAGACUAAAUCAGAUGGAUAAAACACUCUACAUUGGAGGGACGGCAAUUCCAGUACUCAUAGGGACUAAAUUCAACGAUUUUGUACAAUUACCGAUAGAUGUUCAGUGGACAAUUGCAAGUCAGCUGGUGAGACUCAUGGAUCAAUUAACUGAGAAAUUUGCUGUAAUUGAUUUUCACCUGAUAGAAGAAAAAACAUAA